AUGGAGCAGACCAAGGCUCUCAACGCCCUAGAGCCGUUCCUGAUCCUCUCGAAAUCCGCCACGUCCCCACGCGCCGCCGUCGACCUGGUGCGCCAAGCGACGUCGGCCCCCAACACCUUCAUAUUCGCCGAGCUCCUCCAGACGCCACCGGUAGCAUCCCUGGCGUCCUCGACGGAGGCGGACCACCGCUCCCACCAUGCCCUCCUCCGUAUUUUUUCCCACGGCACCUACGCCGACUACAUAGCCGGGCGCGAUGGCGGCGAUGGCGGCGACGGCCUGCCCGAGCUGUCCGACACCCAGGCCCUGAAGUUACGGCAGCUCUCUGUCCUCUCGCUGGCCCGCGACCGCGAUAACCUCUCGUACGCCUCCCUCCAGGAGAAGCUCGGCCUCUCAUCCGCCCGGCAGGUGGAAGACCUGGUUGUGACGGCCGUGUACGCUGGUCUCGUGUCCGCCACACUCGACCCGGCCCGCCAGGCCGUGCAGGUGACGGGCGUGGCGCCGCUGCGUGACCUCGCCCCGGGGGCCGUGCCCUACAUGGUCCGCGCCCUCGGGGUCUGGUCCGCCCGUUGCGAGUCCACCCUCCAGGACCUGGACGGGCAGAUCGCCGCCAUCAAGGCCGACGCCCGGGCGCGCAAGGCCGAGAAGCGCAAGGCCGACGACCGUUUCGCUAGGGCCAAGGCCGAUGCGUACCAGGCCGAAUCCUCGGGCCGCCUCGACGUCGCUGCCGCCAAGCGCGACAUGAUGAAUAACAGCCGCAAGUGGGCUGCUAGGCGGGCGCAGCAGGUCCAGACCGCUUCGGGAGAGGUCAUGGACCUCGAUGAUCCCAUCUCUGCGGAGGGCCGUGGGAACAAGCGCAAGAUGUGA